CCGCUGUCCAAAUACUUAUGGACCUGCAGCUGUGGGAACCUCCCUCGCUCCCUUUACGUACGCGUGACGUCACCACGCUAGUAACGGGCGGAUAUUUUCAAAAUGGAAGAAAUGGCAAAAUUUUGGAGGGUAACAAGAAAACGACAUUUAAUUUUCGUCUGACGGCUAAUAUCGAUGCAAGCAGCCGAAGGAGGAUCGGUGUUACAAGCUGACAUGAGUUUGGGAGGCCAAAAGCAGGCAGGAUGAGUGUUUCGAUAGGCGAUAAAAUUGAGGACUUCAAAGUCCUCACCCUCCUUGGCAAAGGUUCCUUUGCAUGUGUUUACCGGGCAAAAUCGGUGAAGACUGGAGUGGAUGUUGCAAUCAAAACGAUUGACAAAAAAGCAAUGCACAAAGCUGGCAUGGUUCAGCGUGUGACAAACGAAGUGGAGAUUCACUGUCGAUUGAAACAUCCAUCGAUACUCGAGCUGUAUAACUACUUUGAAGACAGCAACUAUGUGUACCUGGUGUUGGAGAUGUGUCAUAAUGGAGAGAUGAGCCGAUACCUUAAAGAAAGGAAGAUGUCUUUCUCUGAGGAUGAAGCGCGGCAUUUCAUGCAUCAGAUAGUGAAGGGAAUGCUGUAUUUACAUACUCAUGGCAUCAUGCAUCGUGAUCUGACCCUGUCCAACCUCCUGCUCACCAACAACAUGAACAUUAAAAUAGCAGACUUCGGUUUGGCCACUCAGCUGAAACUUCCGAAUGAGAAGCACUUCACCAUGUGCGGAACGCCUAACUACAUUUCGCCAGAGGUGGCUACCCGCAGCGCCCACGGGCUGGAAUCAGACGUGUGGUCUCUGGGCUGCAUGUUCUAUGCAUUCUUGAUGGGCCGUCCACCGUUCGACACAGCCACCGUCAAACACACUCUCACCAAAGUGGUUCUCGGGGAAUAUGAGGUGCCGAAUCAUGUUUCUCUGGCGGCUCAGGACUUGAUCCAUCAGAUGCUGCAGAAGGACCCCACCCACAGGCCCAGCCUCUCUGCGCUGCUGGACCACCCCUUUAUGACGGGCAGCCUGCUGACCAGGACAAAGGAGUUGGGUUUGAGUGAUGCAGGAUCAGUGGACAGCGGCAUUGCCACCAUCUCCACAGGCUGCACCUCAUCCACGGCAGGCAGCAGCAGCAGUCGACUCCAGAAGAGAACUAAGCACAUGCUUGGCUCUGCCCUGCCCAACCGUAUGGCGCCCGCCUCUCAUCUUCCACACCAGCCUGACAGUGGCUGCUUCGAUGAUGCCGAUCAGUGGAUCCCACAGCAGCAGGUUCUGCCAGACAGGUUUGGCAGAGGAGGUCACGGCGAGCAGAGGACGCAGCCUCAUGCUCGCUGCCUAAGGAGGGCUCACUCCUCCGAUCGCUGCGGCUCUGCUCUAACAGGCCCAGGUUUGAGCCAUGAGCUGGGGAGGUGUCACUCAGAGGAUGCCAUCACCGGCUUAGGAAGAUCAACCGUCCCAGUGUCCUCUGCUUCGCAUCCGUUUUCAGAACACGGGAGGCUGCUGUCGCCUCCAGUCAAACAGCCUGCAAAUUCUGGUUAUUUAUCAGCACAGAGUGGACAUCUGCCCAGCUUGCAGUUCCAGAGCUUGGAAGGAGUUACAAAUUGGCUCAAUAAUGAGGGUUCUGGGUUGAGGCCCACAGACAGCAGUGCUCACAGCAGUGGCGGGAGUUUCCAGGGCAGCAGAGCACCUCCAGCGAUUCACAAACCGUGGACAGACAUGCACACAGACCAAGGCAUGAACCCUCUCCACCACCUGCACCACACACACCCCCACAACCCAGACACACUCAGGGACAUCAAUCCUGUAUCAGAGUUCCAGCCUCUGCACAGCAGAGAGCUGAAGCCCGUCGCGGAGAAGAAAACGCUACGAGACCUCGUGCCGCCGCUGUGCGCAUCCAGACUGAAGCCCAUCAGACAGAAGACCAAAAAUGCUGUUGUGAGCAUCCUGGACACGGGUGAAGUGUGCAUGGAAUUAUUAAAAACUCAGAGCGGGCAGGACAGAGUCAAGGAAGUCCUUCGGAUUUCCUGUGACGGUUCAAUGGUGACGAUCUAUCAGCCUAACGGUGGGAAAGGUUUCCCUGUCCUCGACUGUCCUCCUGCUCUUCCUGAAGAUAUUCUGAUUUGUAGCUACGACGACCUUCCAGAAAAAUACUGGAAGAAGUAUCAAUACGCCUCCAAGUUUGUGCAGCUGGUGAAAUCUAAGACUCCCAAAGUGACGCUUUAUACUAAAUACGCCAAAGUGAUGCUCAUGGAGAAUGCACCCAACGCAGACCUGGAAGUUUGCUUCUAUGACGGAGCAAAGACCCACAAGACGUCAGAGCUGGUGCGAGUGGUGGAGAAGAGCGGGAAGUCGUACACAGUGAAGGGCGAGGUGGGUCUGAGCGGCCUGAGCCCAGAGAGCAGACAGUAUGUGGAGCUGUCAGAUGAAGGCCACAGCAUCUGUCUGUCCCUGGAGGCCGCCAUCACAGCAGAAGAGCAGCGCAGCACCAAGAACGUCCCCUUUUUCCCCAUAACCAUCGGCAGGAGACCCGCCAACCCGAACUCCCAGUGCUCGUCGGGCCUGCCCUCCCACCCAGCGCCUCCUGAUGCAGCUUCACCUCCUCAUCCUCCACAAAUCACUCCAUCAAUGAUCUCCUAUGACGGGUCAGACUUCACCUCCACCAACCUGACUAAGAAAAGCUCACCAGUGCGAAAGGAGCACAACCCGGGCAAAGUGCUCAAGUCCAUAUUUGUGCCGAACAUCGGAUGGGCAUCUCAGCUGACGAGUGGAGAGGUUUGGGUACAGUUCAACGACGGCUCUCAGCUGGUGGUGCAAGCUGGAGUUUCCUGCAUCACCUACACAUCUCCAGACGGCCGCAUCACCAGGUAUAAAGAGAAUGAGAAGUUGCCGGAACACGUCAAGGAGAAGCUGCACUGUCUCUCAACCAUCCUGGGACUGUUGGCCAACCCAGUGACUCGCCACCUGCAGUGAGAAGUAGUAGUACCACGUCUGGGCUAAACAAUGGUGACGAUACUGUGACCUCAUAAGGAACAACUUUCUAACAUGAUCAGGUGUACUUGUACAUAAAGCUUUUUUUUUUUUUUACAUGUACAGAAGAGUAAUAUUAUGAAAAAUAUAUAUUUUUAAUGUGACUUGUGUAUAGUGUAAUUGUAUUUUUUUUUUUUUGUAGAUGUUUGUGAUUUUUACUGUCUCCAUGUGUUCUAUGAAAUGUCUUAUUCAUCAUAAAAGCUGAGGCAAUAAAUACCUGGAGGCUGGAUUCAAAGUGCAGCACUGGGCAUUUGCUGUCUUCAUAAAAUG